CGCCUCUAUAAUUUCGGAUAGAAAGAUGGCGUUCUCGCGAGAUGUUAAUUCUGGUAACCCGGAUGUAAUUGAAAGCGUUUCCAGAAUAAUAGCCCGUGAUUAGCAGAAUUUGGGGUAAAAUAAAUAAAAUAAGGAAUACUUUUUUUCUGUAGUUACAUCUAGCGAAUGUUAGGGUUGCCACCUGUCCGGCAGUAUUAAAAUGCCGGCAAUGCAACGUCCGGUAUCUUAAUUUGGAUACAAGUUGUGUCUCCUGUUACUUGCAGUGUUUUUGUUUUUAUUAUUCUCCCAUUCCAGCUCAUUUUAUAGGAUUAUCACGGACAUCAAACAACAGUCUAUGACAAUUUUUUAAGGAACAAUAUGGGAGAAUGUUUUAAAAUCGCUAUUUUGUAGAUGUUCCCACAACAAAAAUAUACAUGUAUUUAUGCAUUUUCCCCCUUUUCAUUUGGGAUAUAGCUAAAAACAGCUUGCUAAGCUACAUAUUUCAUGUCUGGGAUCUUUGCAAAUCCUCUUCUAUUUCCCCAAUCCAGACUUUCAGUCUGUGAUGGGGAGAAGACCAGUCAGGUUUCUCAUUGAGCAUGCAUGAGAGUACAGCACUAACAUUGGCUCCUGGCAGAUGAAGCACCAGGAGCUAAAGAUGAGCUCAUGGAAGAAGAUGGCAUCUGCCGCGUAGGAUAGGUUCAGGUUAGUUAAACACUACCUUCUCCUGCACAUUACGGCCACUACAAGCGGAGCAGUCAUCAUCAAGUUUAUAGAGCUGCCUCAAAGUACAACGAUAAAUAUAAAACUAUUUUUUAUUAUCCUUUUAUCAAGUUUUGAAAGAAAAUAGUAUCAUUAUUAUUUUAAAAAAAAAGAGGGGAAAAAACCUCAUUGCAACAUUUAGUAUAUGACAGAAUUCUUCAGCCAUAUACAUGCACUUUGGGUUCGACACUGUUUGAAAAAGUAUAAAGUCUCUUUGCUCUUUCCUGCUUCGGUACAGGGAGUGACCACAGAGACUGUCGAUUUUAUUAAGACACGGAGGUUCCUAUUAUGCUGCACUCUUUCUUUAUUUACCUCAGCAGCAAAGAAAAAUAACAUCAGUAUAAAAGAAACCAGUAAAUAACAUGAGGUAUAUCUUCCUAGCAACAGCCAAUCAGCAUCCUCUUUAUAGCAUAAUAGGCAGUGUCCAGUAUACUACUUCCUCUUUCUUUGCUGCUACCUCAGUUAAGUGACUCUGGGUCCCAUGGUUCUUAACUGUGGGAUCUUUUACUUUACUUUAUUCAUAUCAUUACUGUGGUUAAUAUAGUUAUUAUAGUUAUUACAUUUUAAUUAUAAUAUUUUCAUGUUUAUACAUAUUUAGUUACUUCAUUUUAUCGUAAUUUGAUUUAUUUACUUCAUUUGCGUCUGUUAUAUGCUUUAUUAUAUAUCCUUUGAUAAUGUAUUUCCCCUCUGACCUCCCUGGCCCCAAGAUUACCAUCAAUUGGGGCUCAGGGACGUCUUUGAGGAUCUUUAUCCCCUGAAUAGUGCCAUUGUGCUUUUUUUCCCCUUAAUUUAUCUGUUUGGCUGCUGCUCUGCCACCAACUGCCAGAAAUCCAAGUUGGGGUUUAGUUGUAGUGGCAGCCGGGCAGCUCCUUUGUUUUUAUAUUACAAUUGCUAUUUCUUUUCACUAUUGUGAGUACUUUCAUUUCUUUAUCCUGUUUAGUUAUUUCUUUAUUUUUUACUUGAGGGUUACUCAACCCUUUCCUUUUGGUAUUAUUUUGUUUUAUUCAUCCCCUUAGGUUUGUUUGUAUAUUUAUGAUGCAGUCUGACAUGAUCUUUCUGUGCCUUCUGGGUCUACAGCAAACAGGCAGAUUAAUGUAGAAGCCUCUCCAGGUAUCUCUGGAGAUGAGGCUGAAUUUCUGCUUUACCGAUCCUGCUGACAUGCAGGCUUUAAUUGACACUUCCAUGGCAAAAGCAAUGACAAGGCCCUGGUGUCAGGCCACAAGGCCUCAUAUAAGGCUAAACACUCCUCCAAAACAAUAGAGAUGGACAGUACCAUACCUGUCAUGGAUGGCGCGAUUAAUUUACCACUGCGCAAAAGAGCUACUAGUCGGGCAAAAUUGAUUAGACUUUGGAAAAGGGCAAAAGCCCAAUUAAACUCUGAAUCCGAGUUCAGUGAUAUUGAGGAGAAGUUCACCGAGUUCUAUAUGGAGGUGUACCUGUACUCACACCUGCUCUGCUUCAGCCUGGCCGCAAGGCCUCAUAUAAGGCUAAACACUCCUCCAAAACAAUAGAGAUGGACAGUUCCAUACCUGUCACGGAUGGCGCGAUUAAUUUACCACCGCGCAAAAGAGCUACUAGUCGGGCAAAAUCGACUAGACUGGAAAAGGGCAAAAGCCCAACUGAACUCUGAAUCUGAGCUCAGUGAUAUUGAGGAGGAGUUCCCUGGGUCCUAUAUGAAGGAUUCAGAGGAUAUUUCUGAUCCUGAUUAUGAAAUUACUGAUGAAGAGGAUGCUAAUCCCAUUUGGGAUACACGUCCUGUUAAACCUACCAAGAUUUAGGUAGAUUAUGCGGACUCAGGGACACCGAUAGGAUCUUGGACACUCAAUGUGAACCCCUAUUCGAACCUGAUGACCUAUGUCACCCAGUGGUCUCCUCAGACCAUGUAGCCAAGUAUAUUGCAUCCAGAGUACGCAAGCCUUUUGAGAAGGCAAAGUGAAAUAAAUUGCGGGCUGAAUGGCCACACCGAACAGUCCCUGAUGACUCAUGUUAAACGCUAUCAGUCAAUCCUAAAAUCAUUCAAUUCCUGUGUAAGACCGGAUGGAAGCCAUUUAAAGGCUUAGAUUUUCAUUGCAAAACUGUCAGGAUAAAAUCCUGGGCAUCUUGGGCUCAGCAGCCAAGAUCUUUGAAGCAGUGGAGGAUGAUCUAGAAUUAGAUUGCGCCAUCUUAAGUGGUUAGAUCCAGAGAGUAAUUUAAGUUGGCAACGCCAACAAUGCGGUUGUCAUGGAACGCCACAAAUCGAUCUUGCUCAAGAUUGAGCCCAAACGUUUAACUAUGGCUUUGAACGAACCAGAUAACACAGGCAAAAGGUUUUCUCUUUGGGGACAACUUUGUAAAAGAAUUGGGCUCCUUUGUCCUGCUAAACAAACAGAAGUUGUUUUAGACAGAACCAAGGCUCUUAUACUUGCAGAGCCGAUUUCUUUGAACAAUGCACUAUACCAACCUCCUUCUCGCAAAGUGGCCGACCCUGGAUUGUUAGUGGCCUAAGAGGUGCUCCUAAGACGUCUUCACAAUUUCCAUUCUUUCUUACUGAUAGUGGGGGGCAGGCUCACACAUUUUUCCCAUGUAUGAUCCCUCAUUUCAUCAGAUGCUUAGGUUCUUCACACUGUGAAAGGGUAUUGCAUAGACUUCCUUUCUCUACUUGUUCAAUGUUCCCCAUCAAGGGAAAUUGUUUUUUCCCAAUGAGACACAGACCUUGUCUCUGUGGACAAUCAAUUGUAGAGAUUCUGGCGCAUACCCUGGGUUACGUGAGCAACCUUUUCUUGUUUCCCAAAAAAGGCAAAGGUAUCCGUCCAGUGAUAAAUUUGAGACUGCUCAAUAGUUAUGAGCAUAUCAGCACUUCCAAGAUGGAAGGAGAGCAUUGUUUAAGGGAUCUUCUCCAACCAGCAGAUUGGAUGGCCAAAUUGGAUCUGCAGGAUGCAUAUCUCACAGUGCCUAUCCCAGUACAACAUCAAGAUCGAGAACUUCCUGCAAUUUACAUGGUAGGGCAGUAAAUAGAGGUUCAGGUGCCUCCCAUUCGGACUGUCUUCGGCUCCAUGGUGCUUCACCAAGCUCACAUCUUAUAAUAUAUUUAGAUGGCAUUUUCAUUCUGGCUCAGUCUAUUCAAUUAAUCCGGACAUACCUUACAUGGACUUUGAAUCUGUUAGAGAACCUAGGCUUCCUGACCAAUUGGGAGAAAUCUUUUAUCGUUCCCACGCAACAAAUAAAAUUUCUGGGUUAUAUUGGAUUAUUGUAGCUUCUACCCUUCAAACUCUACACCCUCCGGUGGCAAAAUUAGCCAAUAUAAAGAAGGAGAUAGGCGAACACUAGCAAUCUCUCAAACAACUGUUGAGAAUGUUAGGCCUUCUAGCGGCAUCUAUACAGGCCAUUUCUACAGGUCUUCUUGGCUAUCGAGCCCUACAACGAUUACAAACUUCAUCUCAAGGGCAGCACAUCAUACACAGAUAUGGUAACUCUGGACUCAGAAGCGGAGAAUGAACUCCAAUGGUGGCUUCUUCACAUGGAAGCUUGGAAUAAGCACACCAUAUUUUGUACAGCUCCAGAUUUGAUAAUCAAAUCCGACGCAAGUUUGCACGGUUGGGGUGCUCAAUGCAGUACUAUUUCCUCCAAGGGCAGAGAAUCAAACCUGGAAUCAACAUUCCACAUCAAUUGUUUGGAACAUCUGUCCGGUUCCUUUGCAGUCCAUAGUUUCUCCCCAACUCAAGCCCAAUGCGCUAUCCUUCUGAAGAUGGACAACGUGACAGCAGUCCGCUACAUCAAUCACUUGGAGGCACAAAAUACAAAAUUCUGACCUACAUGCCUCGUGAUUGCCGGCAAUUUUGCCUGAGACACGGCAUUUCAGUCACGGCAGAAUAUAUUCAAGGUCUCUCCAACACUACGACGGACUGGUAUUCACGCCAACUCGGAGAUUCCAGCGACUGGCACUUGGAUUCCAUGGUCUUCCAAGACAUCUGGAACCUAUGGGGUCUAUUGGAAAUAGAUCUUUUCGCUUCUCAUUUGAAUGCUCAACUUCCCCGUUUUUUCAGUUGGAGACCAGAUCCGAUAGCACUGGCUAUGAAUGUUUUCUCCAAGGAAUUAUGAUUUUUUGCCUUUCCAUCUACAUCGCCAGUCCGGCACCUGUUGAUCGUGGCUCCUCUAUCGCCGUCCCAACCAUAGUUCUCUUUUCUUCAGGAGAUGUUAUCGACCUUCCAUCUCUCAAGUGCCUUCUUCAGGAUCCAGAUGGUGUACCUCAUCCUCUUGUUCUCCAAGGUCUCUUGCAUCUCAUAGUGUAGUCUAUUUCAGGGAACCUUGGUCGGUCAAGGGAGUUUCGCAAUCAACUCCCCAACUUAUCAAGGGUGCACCCAACACGAGACAGGCUUAUAAAUCUGCUUGGAGCAGAUGGCAUAGUUGGUGCAUGAAAUUAAAUUUAAAUCCCAUAUCGGCUCCUUUUAUGUCUGUCCUCCAUUUUUCUGACUUCUAUGAUGAAGGUAAAGCCUAUCGCACUGUGGACCAUUUCUGCUGGCCAUCAAAGUUUUGAUUGGACGCCUGUCGGUUGACAUCCUGUCAUAUAUUGACUUCUCUGAGGAAUAUGGUUUGCUCAUUCACCCUUACCACGAUACUCUGUCUUGUGGGACGUCUCUAUUGUCUUGAAUGUUUUUUUUUUUUUUUUUUCAAGAGGUUUUUCUGACAUACGAGCUCGUGAGGUGGUUGCUUGUUCCUUUACUCCAGAAGGUGUCCUCUUUGACUUUUCACGGAGGACAAAAACCUCCUCUAAAAUCUAUCUUACCCAGUUUUCCCUGAUAGAUCUCUCCUUUGCCCUGUUGCAUACUAAUGGGUGUGUGAACAUCGUUCUACUACAUUACAGAAUCCUUUGAAACAGGAACUCUUUAUCUCCAUCCAAAAGUCGCAUCUUCCGGUGUCUACUCUAGCCUGGUGGGUCAAAUACGUUAUGUCUCUAGCAGGUAUUGAUACCUAUGUGUCUGUGCCUCAUUCGGUUCGUAGGGCAAUGGCUUCUAAGGCUUCCUCGAUUGGUUGUCGCUUGGAGGAUAUUAUGAGAGCGGCUGGUCUUCGGAGUCUACAUUCCAUGAUUUCUACUUUAGACCUAUUCAACACUUCACAGGAGACAUAAUUUCACAGCUUUGAACUAGCAUAAUAGGAGCCUCCAUGUCUUAAUAAAAUUUACAGAUUUUACUAUUAACAUGACGUAAAGUCAUGAUUUUAUUAAUGACACGGAGGCGAGUAUUAUCCCUCCCUCCCAUCCCUGGAGAUUUGGUCUUCUCUGGGUAAGUUGACUUCACGGUAAGUCUUUUUUGAUUACUGGGUUUUAUCCUUGUUAAUGACUGUCAAGAGCUUAAGGUUUGACUAAACUGAAUUUCAUGUUAUGUGUAUAUAUAUAUCUGAUAUUUCAUGUAAUGCGAAUUUAUGCAUAAAUCCAGUUUUAUACUUGGAUAUUACCAUAUUCUCUUUUCUCUUCCAGCUUGACUUCGAGAUCCAGUUUAAGGCUUGUAUACCCUCUAAUUGGAGCCCACUUUUUAUUUGGAUUUGUUGUCCUUGUUCGGGAUCGCAAGAAAGAGGAAGUAGUAUACUGGACACUGCCUAUUAUGCUAUAAAGAGGAUGCUGAUUGGCUGUUGCUGUUGCUAGGAAGAUAUACCUCAUGUUAUUUACUGGUUUCUUUUAUACUGAUUUAAUGUUAUUUUUCUUUGCUGCUGAGGUAAAUAAAGAAAGAGUGCAGCAUAAUACUCGCCUCCGUGUCAUUAAUAAAAUCAUGACUUUACGUCAUGUUAAUAGUAAAAUCUGUAAAUUUUCAAACACUGUUUGACCAAAGGUGCAUGUAUAUGGUUGAAGAAUCCUAUCAUAAACUAAAGGUAUGGGAUGAUAUGUAUGUAUUUGUGUGUGUGUGUGUGUGUGUGUAAAAUUAAAUAUUAACUUGAUGAAAGGAUUAUUAUAAUAAAAGUAGUUUUGAAGUGACAGUUGUCCUUUAAAGCAGCACUGUCACGCCAGAAAAAGGAGUAUUUCAUAAAGUUAUCUUUCCUGUGUAUAAUAUAUCUCUGUGGAUUACUUGUAGAGCACACUUUUAAGAAAUAUUGUACUUUUGUUCACAACUUUUGAACUUUGACAACUGGCAUGAGGAUGUCCCAACUGUCUCGCGCAUUUGCUAAAGUAGUGCAUUGAGAUCUAUGUAGGUUCCCGUGGUAUUCUACAUAGUUAGAGCCAAUUCCCAGCAGCCGUCACUGGUGACAGUUGGGGAUUGACACCUCUAGGCAUCGGUAGUUCCAGUGUCAAGAAGUGUCAGGCGCAGGAAAAAUAUUGGGACAAUGUUGUCUCUUUUUUGUUUCAGUAUAUCUUUUAAAUAGGUUGGAAUUUCUAUGAAGUUCCAACAGCCAAUAUGAGUAUUUUGUCCAUGUUGCUGGGACUCGCGCCACCAGGCGUUGCAGAUGCUGUCUCAUUCUAUUGGCAGCAUUCCCUGACAGCAAUAUGCAAAAGCAACAUUUACAAAAAGGAGUCGCUUACUCCUACCUGUUGUUGACAUUCAAAAGUUGAAAAGAAAAAAAAAAAGGUACAGUAUUUCUUAUAAGCUCACUCUACAGGGUAUACAUGAUGGCUUGACAAAUCCCAGGCGCUAGGUCAUUAUGCUGACUAGAAAUUUUGUAAUGGCAGCUCUUUAGUGAAGUUGGCCACCCAGGGUAGCAUUAAAGUGGGGAAUUAGGAAGCCAUGUGCAGUUCCCCUCUGCUUGUGUGUUGUUUAGAAAUGCCGGGAGCCAGAAUAUACAAAAAGCGUGCAGGGGAGCAGAGAGGAACUGCAGGAAGAUGAUCACAGGAGCCCCACUGGACCCCAAGGGAAAGAUCCACUUAACUCUCCCAAAGGUAGGGAGGUUGGGUGGACAUAAAUAAAAAUAUUAAUUUGUGUGUGUAUGAGAAAAUGUUUGUCAGUGUGUAUGUAUGUCUGACAGUGUUUGUCUGUUUAGUGACCUGCCCUCUCCAAUUGCAUGGGAACGUUGUUUUACUCACCUUCUUUUCCUACUCCGUGUCGGUUUUGCCGCAGCUGGCCCAGUCUCCAUGGCUGAGAUAAUCAAUCUUUAUGACCUCAGCUAAGCCAAUGCUUAGUUGCCUGUGUCAAUCAGCAUCUCCUCAUAUAGAUACAUUGGGGUGUCCCAAGGCAGCAAUAUAAACACUGCCCUUUCUCUAAAAAGGCAGUGUUUACAUUGAAAAGCCUGCAGGGACAGGCUAUAGACACUAGAACUACUACAUUGAGCUGCAGUGGUUCUGGUGACUAUAGUUUCCCUUUAAGAGUUGAAUUUGUAUUGUUGAAAAUAAACUUUGUUAGUUUAGAAAAUACUGGCUAUUAAUAUUUUUAGUUGGCUCCUAUAUUCCAAACAAAAUUGUCAAGUUCUUGUAUUUAUUGAGAUAUAUAAUACAGAGGAAAGUUCUUCAUGAUGUCCGAUUAAUUUAUUGUAGAAAAAUGAUAUGCAUGGUAAAAGUGCAGACCACAUAAGACAGCAUGAAAAUACCUUGCCACAAUACAAUGCCCAUGUAAGCACUUGAAGGGGGUAGGGUGACAGAUUUUGUGCCUACUAAACUGUUACUUUCAUCAACUAUAGCAACUUUGUUUUGCAAAUUCCAAGUAGAUUUUGAUGUGUUUUUCCCUCCAGCCACAGUUUUAGCAUAAGGCUGCAACAUAAAAAAAUAAAUUAAAAAAAUGAAGGGGUCUGAAUACAUUCAAAAUGCACUAUAUUAUAUACAUAGUACACACAUUUGGAGGUCAUUUUUCUUGGUUUUAUUGAUAAUGGAACUUUUCAGCAUGUUCCCUCCCCUCUUACGUUACAUUAUAUUUGCGUGACGUCAUGUCCUGUGAUGUCAAGCAUAUGUAAUUAUGCAAAUUGGCAUGGCUAGUGGUUUUCCAAGGAAGGUUGCAACCAUAGAUCUCAUCCCACUGCCUUGUUGUAGUAUGCGUAAAGGGUUGACAAGCUUUGCCAACAUUGUUAUGCGGAGAACGCUUAUUAGAGUUCUGGAGACGUAUAAAAUAUCAGAUUACCCACCUGCAGGUAUUAUGAUUGCUCCUGGUUACUGUAACACCAUUAGGUUGUAGAGUUGUAAUCAAAAUUAUUCAUCCCCCAUUGAAAAUCAGGGUUAUUGUCAAAAUUUACAGACUUUCUGCUGUUUGCAAUGAACAAAUCAAACAAAAGCAAUUGAAGCAUUCAUUGUGUUGAGCUAUUUCAAGUGACUUCCCCAAAUUCAACUGAAAAUGGAGAUUCACUUCUACAGUCUCAAAAUUAUUCAACCUCUUAAUGAUAAGCAUAUUUUGUACUUAGUAGAGCACCUUUUUCCUCUUUUGACCUGCUGCAAACGACAUGCAUAGCCAGACACCAGCUUCUGGCAGCAUUCCUGAGGAAUCUUAGACCAUUGCUUAUGAGCAAUGUCCUUCAGUUGAGUAAUAUUCUUGGGUUUGCGUGCUGCAACCCCAUUCUUCAAAUCCCACCAGAGAUUUUCUAUGGGGUUCAAGUCAGGUGACUGUGAUGGCCACUUUAGAAUUUUCUACGACGACUUCUGCAACCAAUCCUUAGUGGCAUUUAAAGUAUGCUUUGUAUCAUUGUCUUGUUAGAAUGUGCAAUGACGGCCAAGCAUUAGCUUCCUCACAGAUAGCAUGACGUUUUCUCCUACGAUUUCCUGAUACUUCAGUGAAUCCAUCUUGCCUUUCACAUGCUGCAGGUUUCCAGUGCCAGUGGAUGCAAAGCAGCCUCAGAGCAUCAUGAGCCACGCUUAACUGUAGACAGAGUGCCUCAUUCUUCUUCCUCCAGGACAUACCGCUGAUCCAUUUAGAUUAAAAGUUCCUGUUUUGUUUCAUCGCUCCACAGAAAAGAAUCCCCAAUCUUCCAUGGUUUGUUUUAUAGUGUUUUUAGCAUAUUGAAAACGACUUUUCUUGUGCUUUUGGUUCAGUAGUGGUUUACAUCUUGGCGUUGGCAUGGAAACCUUCUGCGUUUAGUACUUGUUUUACUGUGUCCACUGAAAAAUCAGUGCCUGUUGCCACUAGGUUUUGCUGCAGGUCUUUUGCAGUCACUCUAUUGCUGCAGGGGUUGCAGCCAUUGAGAGCUUCACUUUGAGCUUGCAAAUUAUGCUUCCAACAGUGUCUCUAGGAACAUUCAGUGACUUUUCUAUCUUCUUGUAUACUUUGUUUAUGAAAGACGAUGAUCUCUUCUCUUUGUGGACCAUGCUUUUGACUUAGCCAUAUUUCUAAAAUGCAGUCAAACGUGACACUCAACAAACCCCUAGCCAGUUCAAGUAUUUCAAGUGCUCCAGCUCAAGCACACCUGGUGCAACUAAUGAAGCCUUUGAUUAGUUGCAUCAGGUGUGCUUGAGACAACAACUGGUUUGCAUAUUUGUGCUUUUGGGAGGGCUUAUAUUCAGGGGGUUGAAUAAUUUUGAGUUAUAAGUUUCAUUUUUAGUUGAAUUUGGAAAAAUUACUUGAAGCAUGCGUUGAGUUGAGCUAUUUCAAAUACUUUUGUUUGAUUUGUUAAUUGCAAACAGCUGAAAGUGAAAUUUGACAAUAAACCUGGUUGUCUAUGGGGGUUAAAGAAUUUCGAUUAUAACUGUUUUAGAUAGCAUUCAUUCCAGAUAUUCACAUUGUGUAAGUUAAUAAUCAUGUAAUAGAUCCCAUUAAAAAAUGACUAUUGUCUUUUAGUGAUAGCAUCUAAAAUUCAGUUACGUUUGGUCUCCUCGAUUCCUUCACCUUCCAGCAGAAUGUGGAACUAUCUGUGAAAAAGGCACUGGGGUCGUGAUUUUUACAGUUAUUUUCCAUUAUUAUUUAUAUAGUUCCAGUAUAUUAUGCAGCACUUUACAAUUUUAUAAAGGGGAUAUUUAGAGGCAAAUAAUGCCUUGCUCAAACAAGCUAACAAUUGAUGAGGAUUUGAGGUAGGCAGGUGUGUAUCGGUUGGUGUAUUGCCCAAGUUUUAAGGCAGUGACAUUGCCACUGCUCUAACCAGCCAAUAUAAAUGUUAAUUGCCAGGAAUUUAAAGUGAUUUUUAAAUUUUUAUAGAAAGAUAUUAUUUUUUUUUUUUCAAUUGUUUUAUUUUGGCCAAAUUUUUAAAAUUUUGUUUGAAUUCCCAACAAUUCACAUUUUGAUUACCAACACUGCAUUUUUAACUUUGGUUUUGUCAUUGAACGUACACUCCCACCCUCUUAACAACUUAAGCUCAUUUACGGUUUUAUGUUGGGCAAUUUCCUUCCUUGAGGGAUUAAACUGUUUUGCCACUCUUUACUUCAGGGGUCUGGAGUGCCCUUCUAAUGUUAAAGAUAUAUACUGAAUAGAAGUGACAGCACUGGCAAUAAUUCCUAGACGUUAUUAUCCUCACCCCUCUUACACCAAAAGAAUUAAUACUAGCGGAAAAAAUUAAACCAAAUAUAUCCAUCUCCUAUACAAUGUCAGUACAAUUUUGACAAUCUAAGUGUGUUCGGUGCUUUUAUUUUCCUAAUGCUUUUCUUGUAAAUUUUUAUUCACAGCCUCUGCCAGUCAUGUCAGCUAAUUUUGAAGAGAGAAGUGGCAUAGUGUCAUGUACAACUCCUUGGGGCUGCUGGUACCAAACCAUGGAGGAAGUUUUUAUUGAAGUUCACGUGCCUCCUGGAACACAAGCCAGAGAUAUUCAUUGCAAACUUGGAAGCAGGGAUAUAAGACUAACAGUGCAGGGAAAAGAUGUCAUAAAGGUGAUUGGUGCUUCUGUAUGAGUCUAUAAAUUACAAGUGGCGUUGAGAUUGAUUAUUUCUGGUGCUAGUGAACAUGCAACACCUUAGCAAAUUAGAUGUAGCUGAAAAACAACAUGGCUGAUGGGACACUCCAAACAACAUGAAUCUUGCAUAGGUUAUGGUGCUAGGAGUUCCCUGUCUCUCCAUCAUGUGCUUAAUAGCUGCAGGUUUUUCUGCAGUCAUUACACUACUUACCACUCUGUCUUAUCAUAGGGUAGGUAUAUGUUGCCUUGCAUGUAUAAAAUCCUGUAUGCCUCUGCCUUCAGUUUUCUGAUACAUAAUUUAGCUUCCAUAACCAUUUUUUUAUAUUUGUAUUUUAUUAAGUUAUACAUAAUAGCAUACAUAUUAACCAGUGUAUAAAAGGUAGUGUGAGUGUUCAUGUUAACAAUGAGCACACAGAUGGGGUCUCAUACAUAGUUUAGGAGUAUUAUUCCUCCCUCUAAUUUCUCAUGUUCGUCUUCUUGUCUCAGAGGGUUAAGUGUCCGCUUGUUUUUUCAGGUUGUAUGAACUGUCUCUUGUAUCUAGUGAGCAGUCCCUUUACUGUGUGUGUGGUCGGGUGCUUGGCUCUGGUCCUCAUUUACGGCUUAUUGGUGCCGCUUCGUGGUGCAAUUCUAUAGUUCCCUUUGGUAUUGGCGGCGGCCCCGUGGUCAGCGGCUCCUUGUGUGGGUGCCGGGUAUUUGUCUUCUGUCCUCGGCUGGCGUGACAGGCCUAGUUUCUGCAGGAAGGGCCCAGUGUGUCGUCCGGUGAGGCUAGUACGACACUCUCACCUCCCAUGUCGGUUAUUAGGGUUCAGUCCAUACCCCAGCGGUACUUUAUAGACGUGCCCCGUGGUCUUCCGGCUAUUGGUGCCAGCCGUCUCCUCACUGUCAGGACCGAGAAGGGGAUAUCGGCGUAUAUUGCCACUUUGCAUCCUUCCCACGGUACUGGCCUUAUCUCCCUGGAGCAUUGCAGUAUCUCUGCUCUCACGGAUAUGUCCUUUGUCAUGGCUGUAACGUCUCCGGGUGCUCCACUCGGUGCUGCAGCCGACUUCUGCACUCUAAACGUCGAUGUAAUCAGUGGAGAGUCUGGGCUGCAUUGCAUACUGGUGGAGGAUAGUAUAUUGUGGACCCACUUGUGGAGCUUCGUGGUCUCAACCGUCUCUGGGAUACCCCUGAGACGCAGGUUUCGUCGCCAGAUGCAGCACCGUUCUGCUCAGGUGCUGCAUCUGUGUGGUAAGUGCUGACAGUUUAGCAUCUGUAGCUUGGGUCUGCACUUCUCUGGCGGCUUCCUUCGUCUCUAGCUCCCGGACCUUUUGGUGGACUGCUCCUACUUCGGUCUGGACUUCCUGUAGGUCGUCUUUCCACACUCUCCAGAGGUCCACCAGAAGGCGCUUUAUGUCCCCUUUUGUAGAGGGUGUCUCGUCCUUCUCGGACUCCGACCUGAGGGAAGCUUCUUCGGAUCUAGGCGAGGGCAAGGCCUCCCUAUCCUCCUGUGAGGCUUCUGACGCCUCCGUAUUAUACUGGGUCUCAGGCGCCAUCUUUGCUGGUUGGCGUGGUUCCGGUCGCUCGAAGAAAAGCCAUAUAUCAGGCUGUUUGGGCGUUUCUAAGCGGUAGGGCUUUUUGUGCUUGCGCCCCAUUGUCUCUAUCUGAGGGUUGUCUCUAUUAUUGGCUUGAAAUUGUUCUCUUUUUGUGGCCUUUUUCUCUUUUUCCACUAGGCCUUUACGGAGCUCUGUGGAGAGAUGUCUGUUUAGUUCGGUUGUCAGCCACGCCCCAGGUCUCACUUUUUAAGAUGGUUAAAACACAAAACAAAGAGCAUGCCCCCCAACCAUCCCUAUUUUUGUUGGACAGUGCUGAUUUUAGCAUCCUGUUCCAACCACCCCAAAGGUGGGACACCAGGGAACUGUACCUAAAAUGUGUUGCAAUCACGCUGCGUUCAGAACACUAAGAUCCUGCAAAGAGCACAGAAAAAGUGCUUCCUGCAAGUCCUGCACUCAUUGGCUGGCUUGCUCGAUUGGCAGCCUGGCUAACUUGCCCACUGUCUGGGCAGGUCCACCCCUUUGUGAAGAACUAGUGACACAAUGGCAUCAGUGGCCCGCUGUUGGGACGUAGGAAAUAUUUUAUCCCAAUUUUAAUAAUAGAUUCCCUAGCGAUAAUAUACAGUUCAUUCAGGAAAUAUUCAGACAUAGCUUGGUUGCUGCUUCUAAGUGAUGCUUUAAAGUGUGUGCUUGAAGAUAUUCUGGAGAAUUUUACUGAUUAUUCAACUAAGAUUUUUUUUCUAAGACCUGUUACAGAUUAGAGUCAUGUAUAGGAAAAGGUUUUUUGAUUGUACAAGGUUUGGUUUCCUGUUGGUAAUUGGUAAGUCAUCUGAUUUGAUUAGGUACGUGUUUGCUAAUUGCUGUUGAUUGAAUGUUAAUAAGCAUAGACCCACCCGGGUGGUAAACAUUCCUAAGGGGUGGUGCUUUUAGGAGUUAUAUAAGGGUUGUGGUCAUUAGCUCGGCUAAUAUAGCUUGGUAAGUACUUCUAAGUACUGCUUCAAAGUGUGUGCUUGGAGAUAUUCUGGAGCGUUUACUGUUACAGUUAAGAGUCAGCUAUAGGAAAAGGUUACUGAUUGCACAAGGUUUGAUUUCCUGUUGGUAAUUGGUAAGGCAUUUGAUUUGAUUAGCUAGGUGUUUGCUAUUGAUUGUUGGUUAAUUAGCUAUUGUUUGCAAAUAAGCAUAAGCCCACCCAGGUGUUAAACAUUCCUAGGGGGUGGUGCUUUUAGGAGCUAUAUAAGGGUUGUGGACAUUAGGUUGGCUAAUAUCGCUUGGUUGUCAACUCAAAGUGCUGCUUCAAAGUGUGUGCUUGGAGAUAUUUAGGAGAUAAACUGGUGGUAAGCGAGGUAUACAGGAGGUGGGAAAAAAAAAAGUAAGAUUCGAUUUGUUUGAUUUAAAUUACUAACCUGAUUAAAAUGGCAGACUUAUUUCAGUGUAAUAGUUAUUAUACAUUUGUUUCAUGUUCCACUUUUUGGAGAUUUGGAUGCUGUCUCAUCUGUAGACAGUUUUCUAUUUUGCAGCAAGAGAUUGUAUUUUUUAAGUCUGAGAUUUGUAAAUUAUCUGUUAUUAUCUGAGACUGUUGAAAAGCAACUGCCAAAGAGACAGCCUAGGAAUGGCAGAUGUAUUAUUGUGGUCUGGUAGACUUAUAGUUGUGAAUAUAAAGCUUAUUGCACAGUCUGUGGCUCUACAUAAUUCAUUUUUAGCACUUUCAGAGUGUAGUGGUAUUGUGGAGACAAGCUCAAGCACCCAGUGUAAUGGUGUUGUGGAUACAGGCCCAGGCACCAAGUUUGUGGAACCAACCAAUGACAAAAAGGACAAGUUGAGGCCUGAUAGAAAGCAGUUGUUGUUGGGGGAUUCUAUCAUAAGAUGUGUGGAGCUGGACAGUAGUGGCCUUGUGAGAUGUCUUCCUGGAGCUACUGCUCGCAGAGACAGGAGACCUAUUUUUAAUAUGGUUAAGCAAGCAAAGCAGGAAGAGGAAUUGGAUGUACUUGUCCAUCUUGGGACAAAUGACUUGGCUUGCAAUGAGGUUUCAGAGGUAAAGGACGUUUUUUAUGUUUUUGCCAAUGAUAUACGACAGGUUGCUUCCACACUGUCAUUCUCUGAAGUUUUGCCUGUGCAUAACACUCAGAAUGAUAGGCGGAUGCGUAUUAGGGACUUUAACUUGUGGUUUGGUGAAGGGUGUCGGGAGCAAGAAUUUGGCUUAAUUUUUCAUGGUAGCUCUAUUUGGAAUGGAAAUGAACUGUACAAAAAAGAUGGUUUGCAUCUUCCGCAAAAGGGAACAAAUGUUCUCAGUGAGCAGUUGAGAGGUUUUGCUAGUAUGUAUUUAAACUAGUAGGAGGGGGCAAAAGGGUGAUAAAACAUUGCCCCCUAAAACAAGGACAGAAAGUACCUGUAGCAAGUGUUGGGGAUAAAAUCAGCCCGGGCCCUUUGUGGAUGAUGGAUAUUUGCCAACUCAUACAGAGCUCUGGAAAUUGGAAAUGAAUAGCAGAGACAUGUUCGAUAACCAAUUCAAAUUGUAUUCAUACGUCAGUUAUAUUUAUACCCCAUUUUCAUAGCAGGAUGGGAGGGGGAAAAAUGAGCAUAUGGGCGUGACAAUGACAUUGUUUUUCACAAGUUACAAACAGCUGUUUUUAGUUAUAAUUAGAUGUUACAUAAUGUAUGCAUAUUGGAUAAAACCCAGAUGAUUACAAAUACCAAAAUCUUGGACAAUUAACAAGGUCAUUCCAGAAUCCUUAUCAUUUCAUGUCAUGUCAUGUAGAUAUCCAAAAUCAUGUUCCAAUAACAUUUCCCGUAAAUAGAUAAGUUUUAUUUCCGAGAAUUGGAGAUACAAUUCCAAAUCUAUUCUUGGUUCAAAUUAACCCUUAUAUGAACAGCUAGGCUAUUGAGCAAAAUGGUUGUUCGCAUCCACAAUUCCCCUCUUAGAUCAUAUCAUGAUCUACCUUACGGAAUAUCCAUGGGAGGCCUGCGGCAGAGAAACGAAAGGAGGUAUAUUCAGACGUGCUAAUCACGUCUGCGGGACUUUCAUUAUUUCUUCACCUCGAUUUCCCCCAUUUGCUCUGUGCCGUAGGUUUUCCCUUUAAGAGGAGAUCGAGCUGUCGAUUUUCAGCUUCUGUAAUCAUCUGUUGUACACAUCUUUUAAGUGUACAAGUUAAAUAUUUCAAACAGCUGACAUCUUAACCAAUUUUAAACAGACUGCACAUCAUGUUAUCUGUAACUUGAGCCUUGGAUCAAAACAGGCAAAGUGUAUUAUUCCCAACAACGGGAAUAUUAUUAUUAUUAUAAUUCACAACGUAAACACAUAUAAUCAAAAAUGGGAAUAAAAUCGAUUUCCCCUCUUUGCACCAGGGUCUUGGAUUACCAGUCCACCCAGUGAACUUGGGCCAGGUCAAAAAACCCAGUGGCAAAAACUCAUAGUUGAGAAAAAAGCACAUCUGGGUAAAUUCUAAGUGAGGACCAUGACUGUGUAGACAUGUCAUCCCCUCACGUUGACAGCAUUAGUGACUUAUAAAACCUGCACUUGUAAGUAAAUAGCUCGGGUAUCGGGAUUGGGAAACACUUCUUGAUUAGUUUGAAAAGGCCCACUUACAUAUUAAAUCAUAAGAUCAUUUCUAAUCAGUUUGCAAUUCUAGCAAUAAUCCCAAUCAUGACCUUGCGUCCUAUGCCUCCUAAUCAAAUCCCUAUUUUGAUGGUCCAGUCAUAUCCACACUUAAUACAUGGGAAUCCAUCCUUGGUACACUCAACAUACAUAGUACAUCCAUGCCUGAGUAAGCUAACACUUCCUCUCUCUCCGGCUAACUCUACAAAAAUAAAAAUAACAAAAUAGUUCAAUAGUCCAGAAAAAUAUUAUAAGUCUUUCAAGGAGUAUAAAGAAUCUUAGACACCAUAACAUAGCUAAGUGUAGCAAUAUGGCUGACAACAAGACAAUGUCAGCUUCCACAUAGUUCUUAAUUCUUCUGUUUGCUGGAUGUUCACCACAAUACUCUGUGCAACACCCCAAUUGUUGAAAGGGUAAUACAGAAAUAGCGGCAUUAGACAGCACUGCAUCUUCAGGACUUUCCAAGUUAGUUUAUGUCCUCAUAAGUAAGCAUCUCAGUUUCUUCGGCCAGCAUGGUUUUUGACCAAACAGAUUUAAUUGCAAAAAAGAUAGGUAGGCAGGUAGGUCAGCCAGAGAGAUUGGUGUGUAGUCCCAAAUAUCAGGCGGCACAAAUACUUCUCUAUAAUCAUACUAACACAAGGAUCAGUACGACAUCAAUAAAUUAAUUAUCUAGGCUAAACUCAAAUUAGAGACUAAAGUUAAACUCUUAACUAGUGUAACAUGUACGUCUCUCAGUUUUGUUUAUGUCCUUUAUGUUUAUGUUUUUGUAUUUGUCCUUUAUAAAAUUUUAAUACAUAAUUUCCCUUUAGAAUGCCUUUGUAUGGAUGAGAGAAGCACUCAUUCUAUAUAAAUGCUUGUUGAGUACUAAAACAAUAACAUAUACAUAUUGGUAUAAUUCCCAAUAAAAUGCUGUUUUUAAAUUUAAACCUUGAUUUGAUAAUCUCAAUUAAUUACUUUAAUAACAUUGAAAUGCUGAAGUCUGUCAGUUUUGUGGACCCUGAUAACAUCUUUGGAAACCGAAACCUUUUAUAGAUCCUGAUGUCCAAAAAGCCACCAGCUCUGUAGGUGUGUGAUCAUGUUUUAAUACAUGUUAGAACCUCCAUACAGUUAUCCCACUUCUAACACCAGUUUGUUGGGGAUAAAAUCAGCCCGGGCCCUUUGUGGAUGAUGGAUAUUUGCCAACUCAUACAGAGCUCUGGAAAUUGGAAAUGAAUAGCAGAGACAUGUUCGAUAACCAAUUCAAAUUGUAUUCAUACGUCAGUUAUAUUUAUACCCCAUUUUCAUAGCAGGAUGGGAGGGGGAAAAAUGAGCAUAUGGGCGUGACAAUUACAUUGUUUUUCACAAGUUAUAAACAGCUGUUUUUAGUUAUAAUUAGAUGUUACAUAAUGUAUGCAUAUUGGAUAAAACCCAGAUGAUUACAAAUACCAAAAUCUUGGACAAUUAACAAGGUCAUUCCAGAAUCCUUAUCAUGUUAUGUCAUGUCAUGUAGAUAUCCAAAAUCAUGUUCCAAUAACAUUUCCCGUAAAUAGAUAAGUUUUAUUUCCGAGAAUUGGAGAUACAAUUCCAAAUCUAUUCUUGGUUCAAAUUAACCCUUAUAUGAACAGCUAGGCUAUUGAGCAAAAUGGAUGUUCGCAUCUACAGCAAGUGUGUUAAAAAUGAUAAGCUUAGUCAUGUCUACAAAUGCUCGCAGUUUAGGUAAUAAGAUCCAUGAACUUGUGGCAAUAAUGGCAACUGAUAAUGUAGAUUUAGUUGCUGAGACAUGGUAUAAUGAGAAAAAUUACUGAGACAUACAAUUCCAGGGUAUUCUUUAUAUAUAAAAGACAGAGAUGGUAAGAAAGGGGGGGAGAGUUGGCCCUGAAUGUGAAGGAUAACAUAAAAUCUAGCCUAAUAAAUAUUAGUGAGGCGAACAUAGUCAGUUUAGGUUACGUUAGAAUUUAGUAAUCACACAGUAACUCGUGUAGGUGUGAUUUAUAGGCCCACAGGACAAAUAGAAGAGUUAGAUAAUCUACUAGUUGAGGAAAUAGCUAAAAUGACAAUGAAGGGGGAAGUUAUCAUCAUGGGUGACUUCCAGAUGUGAACUGGAAAACCAAAAUAGCUGCUUGUGCCAGGAGCACACAUAUUCUAAACUCAUUACUGGGACUAUCUCUAAAACAAGUCAUUGAGGAGCCAACUCGUAAGGAGGCCAUACUAGAUUUAGUGAUAACAAGUGGAGAUUUGGUAUCAGAUAUUACUGUAGGUGAAAGUUUAGGUUCCAGUGAUCACCAGUCCGUGUGGUUUAAUAUAAGAACAGUGACUGAGUCACACCACACAAAAACAAAAGUUUUAGACUUUAAAAAAACAACAGAUUAUUCUAAAAUUAGAAUGUGUGUAAAGGAGUCAUUAUCAGACUGGAGCACUUUAAAUGGAGUCCAAGAGAAAUGGGAUUAUUUAUUGCACUAGUAAAGGCAACACAAAAUUGCAUUAGGCUUGUCAGUAAGAGCAAAAAAUGAAAGAAACCACUAUGGUACUUCGCAGAAGUGGCCAAAAUAGUGAAAAACAAGAAGUUAGCAUUUAGUAAUUAUAAAAAAAAACAGAGCGAGGAAGGUAGACAGAUCUAUAAGAUUAGGCAGAAAGAGGCUAAGCAAGUUAUAAGAGUUGCAAAGUCACACACAGAAGAGAAAAUAGCCCAGUUAGUAAAAAAAAAAAGGGGGGGGACAAAACAUUUUUUAGAUACAUAAAUGAGAAGAGGAAAGUAAAGCAAGGAUUAGUUAGAUUAAAUACAAAAGAAGGUAGGUAUGUAGAAGAGGAUAAAGGUCUAGCUGACUACCUCAAUGAAUAUUUUUGUUCAGUUUUUACAGAUGAAAAUUAAGGAAAGGGACCUAAGUUAGGAAAAAGGAUAAAUGAGGAAUUUGUUACAUGUGAGUUUAAAGAGGAAGAGGUUAUAUUUCAACUGUCAAAAGUAAAGACAAAUAAGUCGAUGGGGCCUGAUGGAAUACACCCAAAGUUAUUAAAAGAGCUUAGUGGUGUACUAGCAAAACCAUUAACGAAUUCUAUUUAACCAAUCAUUGUUAACGGAAGUAGUCCCAGAAGAUUGGAAAUUAGUGAAUGUUGUGCCCAUUUACAAGAAAGGUAGUAAGGAGGAGACGGGCAAUUAUAGGCCAGUAAGCCUUACUUCAGUAGUGGGGAAAGUAAUGGAAACUAUGUUAAAGGAUAGGAUUGUUGAACAUCUAAAAUCGCAGGGAUUUCAAGAUCUGAGACAACAAUGGUUUACUUCAGGGAGGUCAUGCCAAACUAAUCCUUAUGAUUUUUUUUGAUUGUGUAACUAAAAUAAUAGAUCAGGGUGGUGCAGUAGACAUUGCUUACCUAGAUUUCAGUAAGGCUUUUGACAGUGUUGCACAUAGAAGGCUUAAACUGCAAUCUUUAAAGGGACACUAUAGUCACCUAAACAACUUCAGCUUAAUGUAACAGGGUUGAUGUUCCAGUAGGGAUAAGCCAAGUGGCAAAUGAUUUUGGUAAAUUAGAAAAAUGGUCAGAGCUGGAGCAACUGACAUUUAAUGUGGAUAAGUGCAAGUUAGUGCAUCUUGGACGUAAAAGCCCAAGGGCAGAGUAUUGACUAUUUGAUAUAGUCCUAACCUCAACAUCUGAGGAAAGGGAUUUAGGGGUAAUAAUUUCAGAUGACUUAAAAGUAGGCAGACACAAUUCUCACUACGGAGGUCCAUUUAUUCAGCUUGUCUGUACAAUACAGUAAAUGUUAAAAAAGUUCUAUGCAUGCCGUACUUGUGUUCCAAUAAUACAGCGCUUGUGAAAGCUGUUGUGACUAUGCAAGCACUGUUGUAAUCCUACGCACAAAAAAAAAAAAAAAAGUAGGCAGACAGUGUAAUAGAGCAGCAGGAAAUGCUAGCAGAAUGCUUGGUUGUAUAGGGAGAGGUAUUAGCAGUAGAAAGAGGGAUGCUCAUUGUACAGAACACUGGUGAGACCUCACUUAGUAGAGUCAGUCUACUAAUAAUGUACUUUUUAUUUUAAAAGAGGAUAGAAAACUAAUAAGGAUAAUUUUGACAAAGUCAAAUCGGAAUGCUGGUAAUUGCUGGACCUCUUUAAUGGAAAUUGGGCAGACUUGAUAGGCCGAAUUGUUCUUAUCUGCCAUCACAUUAUAUGUUUCUAUGACCCGUUAAAUUUUUCAAAAAAUUUUUUAAUGUUGCAGCCUUAUGCUAUAAAUGUUUACAUUAUUUUUUACAUCAAUCUGCAUUCAGUACCCAAUAAUGACAAAACAGAAAGCAGAAUUUUGAAAAGUAUGCAAUUUUAUUAAAAUGUAAAUGCCAAAAUACCACAUUGACAUAAGUAUUCAGACUCUUUGCUAUUGCACUUGAAAUAUGGCUCAGGUGCUUCCCACCUUUGAGAAAUUUCUACUUGUUGAUUAAAGUCCCCCUGGAAAAUUCAAUUGAUUGGACAAGAUUUGUAAAGGCACAUACCAGUCUCAUUUCUGUAAAUGUAUAGCAGAGCAAAAACCAAGUCAUAAGGUCAGAAGAACUGCAUGCAUUGCUCGGACAGCAUUAUGUUGAGGCACAUAUAAAAGACUACAAACAAAUUCAGCUUCAUUGAAGGUUACCAAGAGCACAGUGGCCUCCAUAAUUCUUUAAUUGAACUUUGGAUCAGCCAUCACUUCCUAAAGGCAUUUGCUAAACUAUGUAAUGGACAGAAAUGGGCGUUUAUAAGAAAGGUGACCAAGAAACUGCUCAUUUCUUUCAUGUGCAUACAUUAUCUUUACAGCUCACUCUGGGAAAAGAAAUUAGCAGAAGGAUAACCAUCACUGCAACACUCAACACUGUGGCAUCACAGAAGACACAUUAAUACCACUUGGAAUUUGCACAUAAAUGACUCAAACUGAGGAGAUUCUUUGGUCUACUGAAUUGAACAUUUAACUGUUGAACCUCAAUUCAGAGCAUCAUCUCUAGAAGAAACCAGGUCCUGCUUAUCACCUGCGCAAUACUGUCCCAAAAGUGAAGCAUGGUGGUUGUAGCAUUAUACUUUUGGGGUGUUUUUCAUUGGCAAACUGAUCCUGAAAAAAUACUUAUAACAACGAUAGCAUAACACUGCAACCUAUAAAACUGUGAAAAAAUUAAGUGCUCUUAAAUGUUUCUGAAAACACUGUAUACUUUUGCCUAUAGAAAACUGCACAGUGUAUUGCAUGCUCCCUAAAUGGAGUUGGGAUUAUUAGGUAAGUCUGUCCCCUGAUAUUUUCUGUUUCUACACAGAUGCAUUGAUGCCAUAAUUUUACCAAAUUACAUGGUUCACUUUUAAGUUUCAUGUACGGUAUAUAAAUAGAGAUAAAGAUACAUUUGAUGUAGAUAUAUAUAAAUGAAACCUUUUAUGUUUUUUGUCUUUUUUUUUUUUUUUAAACUACCUUUUCAGGGAAAAUUAUUUGAUUCUACCAUAAGUGAUGAGGGAACAUGGACCUUAGGUAAGUGUAAUAUAAAAAGAUAUUUUUAUAUAGUCAUUAGAUGUUAAGCAGUUACUUGUUUUUAUAUUAUCGCGGAGAACUAGUCAGUCUACUAAUAAUAUACUUUUUAUUUUAAAAGAGGAUAGAAAACUAAUAAGGAUAAUUUUGACAAAGUCAAAUCGGAAUGCUGGUAAUUGCUGGACCUCUUUAUUGGAAGAAGAGUAUUCUGCUGAUCCACUGGUGCAGGAUCAAAUGCAAAAAAAACUUACAUUGGAAAGAUUUCAAAGCGAGGUAAUAUAUGCAAUAUUUUUGUGAAUUGUUUUCAUAGUUUCAUUUUUUAUGAGUCAGACAAGUGUCUAAUUACUUGCCUAGAUCAAUAAACACACAUCUUUGUUUUAUAAUUUGUCAUGUACAAACUUCUAGUUAAAUGAACACACUAGGGUCAGGAGCACAAACAUGUAUUUCUGACCCUGUAUUGGUAAAAACUCUAUUUAGCCCCUACUGCUCCCCCUUGCCCCCUAUAUAUAGUAAAACCUUACCUUUAUUCCAGUCUGCUGGUGCUGGCUCUGCCCCGAUCUGUCUUUUUGGCUGAUAUCAGAAGUGGUGAGCUCAGCAAGUCACAAUGCUUUUCCAUAGGAAAGCAUUGGAAUGGCUGGGAUUGUCCACGAGGCAGAUCAGGGGCAGAGCCAGCACCAGCCAUACACAGCCCUGGCCAAUCAGCAUCUCCUCAUAGAGAUUCAUUGAAACAUCUAGAGUCCAAAAGUGCAGUAAGUAACAAGAGGUAGAAAACACACAUUUAAAAGGGCUAUGGCCAGCUCUGGUUUGAAGAGCAUACAGUUGUAUAAUCCCUGGUUAUGGGAUGUGGGAAUAUGUAUCCGUCAGCACCAUCUGGUAAUCCAAAAGGGAAGAUAAAAGGCAACAGUAGUGCUCUCAAUUGUGAUAAAAUAGAGUAUAAAAGAGUGAUAAGAGUAAUACUCACAAGUGUAGAGCAGAAACAAGGAGUCAGUGCAUCAAGAGCCACCACACACAGACGGAUCCUGGACAUGGGCUUCAGAUGUUGUAUUCCUCUUGUCAAGCCGCUCCUGAACAACAAACAACAUCAGAAGCGUCUUACCUGGGCUAAAGAAAAACAGACCUGGUAUGUUGCUCAGUGGUCGAAAGUCCUCUUUUCUGAUGAGAGCAACUUUUGCAUCUCAUUUGGAAACCAAGGACCCAGAGUCUGGAGGAAGAAUGGAGAGGCACAUACUGCAAGAUGCUUGAAGUCCAGUGUGAAGUUUCCACAGUCUGUGUUGAUUUGGGGAGCCAUGUCAUCUGCUGUUGUUGGUCCACUGUGCUUCAUUAAGUCCAGGGUCAACGCAGCCGUCUACCAGGAGAUUUUGGAGCACUUCAUGCUUUCUUCCGCAGACAAGCUUUAUGGGAAUGCUGACUUCAUUUUCCAGCAGUCCCACACUGCCAAAAGCACCAAAGCCUGGUUCAAUGACCGUGGGAUUACUGUGCUUGAUUGGCCAGCAAACUCGCCUGAUCUGAACCCCAUAGAGAAUCUAUAGGGCAUUGCCAAGAGAAAAAGACAUUAGACCGAACAAUGGAGAAGAGCUGAAGGCCGCUAUUGAAGCAUCCUGGUCUUCCAUAACACCUCAGCAGUGCCACAGGCUGGUAGCUUCCAUGCCACGCCACAUUGAGGCAGUAAUUGCCCAAACCAAGUACUGAGUCCAGAUGCAUGCUUAUACUUUUCAGAGGUCUGAUAUUGUUCUAUGUACACUCCUUGUUUUAUUGAUUGCAUGUAAUAUUCUAAUUUACUGAGAUUGUGGAUUUGGGGUUUUCAUGAGCUGUAAGCCAUAAUCAUUGCACUUAUGAUAAAUCACGGCUUGAACUAUCUUGCUUUGCAUGUAAUGCAUCUAUCUCAAAUAUUAGUUUCCCCUUUUACGUUGCAUUACUGAAAUAAAUGCACGAUAUUCUAAUUUUUUGAGUAUCACCUGUGCAACCUGGCUACAUAGAAUUUAAAUAGGGAUAUGGUCAAUUAAAAUUGGCGCCAAAAUUUCAGCUUUAAAUUGUCAACCAAUGGGAAACAGUGACAGUCAAUAAACUACAAAUGUACAGAUCAUAUAUACAGUAUUGUAGAUCAUAUAAUGGGGAGUAUAAGUAUAUAGUUACAUUGAAAAAACUGUAAUAUAUUGACCGUAAUAUUGGCUUUUUUCGUAUUAGCCCAUCGGCAUCAGGGCUGGCCUUAGGUUUUCAGGCGCCCUGUGCAAGCCAAUCUUGUGGCGCCCCCUCCCUGCCAUCUUUGUUUGACUCCCUCUAGACCAUUUCAGGCACAUUCAAAAUCUGUCGCCUGCACCCCCUUCAACAAAACCGUGCCACCUUCAUCUGCCCCAGUUUAUCACCAGUCCCCUGCCCCCUGUUUAUCACUAGCCCCCUGCCCCCUUUAUCACUAACCACCUGCAUACUUCAAUUAAAUGCAAUAGUUUCUUUUAAUUUUUUUUAUAUAUAUAUAUAUAUAUAUAUAUAUAUAUCUAUAUCAAUAAGGACAAGCACUUACAUUAAAGGCUGCUGCUCCCUGGAUCCAGCUGUCAGUUUUUCCCACUCUGACUGACGCACCGACUGAAGAGCACCUGCUGCCCUGACACCCACUGAGCAGAUCCUUCCGACGUCGUGCCCCCGCUCUCCUCCUCCACGCUCCCCCUGCAUUCCAAUUCGGGCCGGUUUGUCAGUGACCGACUGCGAGCUGUGUUGGCCACCUGGCACCCCUGUUUCCAUGGUACCCUGUGCGGCCGCGCAGCUCACACACCCCUAAGGCCGGCCCUGGUUACAGUCACACAAAAAGGCAGACAAUCAGGCACAGUUACAGUCAGAUACAGUUACACUGGCAGACAGUCACACACAGAUUAGUCUCUCUCACACACACACACACACACACACAGUCACACACAGAUUACAGUAUCUCAAACACACACACACACAGACAGACACUGCUACAGUCACACACAGAGUACAGUCUCUCUCUCUCACACACAGGCAGACAGUCAGACACUGCUACAGACAGUCACACACAGAGUACAGUCUCACACAAACAGACUUACAGUCACACACAGAGUACAGUCUCUCUCACACACACACACACACACACACAGGCAGUCAGACACUUACAGACACUCACACAGAGUACAGUCUUGCUCUCUCACACACACACACGCAGACAGUCAGACACUGUUACAGACACUCACACACAGAGUACAGUCACACACAGGCAGACAGUCACACAGUACAGUCUCUCUCUCACACACACACACACAGACAGUCAGACACUGCUACAGACAGUCACACGGAGUACAGUCUCACACACACACAGGCAGACAGUCACACACAGAGUACAUUCUUGCUCUCUCACACACACACACAGUCACACACAGAGUACAGUCACACACACACAGGCAGAAAGUCACACACAUUACAGUCCCUCUCACACACACACACAGAGUACAGUCUCUCACACACACACAGUCACACACUGAGUACAGUCUCUCUCACACACACACACACACACAGGCAGACAAACACUGUUACAGACACACACACAGAGUACAUUCUUGCUCUCUCCCACACACAGACACAGAUAGUCACACACAGAGUACAGUCUCUCUUACACACACACACACACACACACACACACAGGCAGACAGUCACACACAGAGUACAGUCUCUCUUACACACACACACACACAGGCAGACAGUCACACAAAGAGUACAUUCUUGCUCUCACACACACACACAGUCACACACAGAGUACAGUCACACACACACAGGCAGAAAGUCACACACAGUAAAGUCUCUCUCACACACACACACACACACACAGAGUACAGUCUCUCACACACACACAGACAGUCACACACAGAGUACAGUCUCUCUCACACACACACAGGCAGACAAACACUGUUACAGGCACACACACAGAGUACAUUCUUGCUCUCUCCCACACUCAGACACAGAUAGUCACACACAGAGUACAGUCUCUCUUACACACACACACACAGGCAGACAGUCACACACAGAGUACAGUCUCUUACACACACAGACAGACACUGCUACAGUCACACAGACUACAGUCACACACACAAUUACCUGGAAGGGAGGAGUGGAAGCAGGGAUUCUUUUCUCUGCAGCAAGUACUUGGAGCUUCAGUGAGCUGCAAGCUCUGCCCCGGCUGCCUUUUAGACCCGCCUCCUCAAUGCAGUAAGCUCCGCCCCGCCCCUUUACUUUUAUAGUCCCUGGUAGGAAAUAAUGAACUCUCCAACCGGGGACUUGCUUCAGCUCCCCCUGCACUCACCCAGCCAUGUGCGAACUGUGUCGGCUGUCAGGGUGCCCCCUGCUCCAUGGCGCUCUGUGCGGCCGCACAGCUCGCACACCCCUAAGGCCAGCCCUGCUCGGCAUUAUGGGGAUUGUAGUUAUCUGCAUAGUGUAUAUGAUAUCAGCAAGAAAUUCUCACGUUUGCAGAUAUCAGGGGAAAGCUUACUGGCCUUAUUUAAUGUAAUAGGUGGAUGGAGGGGGAAAGGUGUAAGGUGUUUAUACCUUAAACAUGAUGGUAAUGGUAAAAUAAAAAGUUUUAAAUAGUGUGAAAAAAUAGCCAUGGCGGCCAUCUUGGUAGGGGAAGCUGUGAUAGGGAAUAAAAUAAUCGUGGCGGUCAUCUUGGGAGAGAAUACAGUCAUAUUGUGGUGGUCAUAUUAAGAGGGCAAAAAACAUUGUACAUAAGAAUAAAAACAUGAAUGACAUAUAAAGUACUGUAUUUUCUGGCGUAUAAGAUGACUUUUUAACCCUGGAAAAUCUUCUCCAAAGUCGGGGGUCGUCUUAUACGCCGGGUAUAGGGUCUAUAUGGCUGCCGGGGGCACCCUGCGCCCCCAUCGCCGGCCCUUCUAAUGCUGCAGCCGCCUGAGCACUGAGUGCUCACUUCCUUUCAGUCUGGCCGGGAACAGGUAGCUGAAUCUCCUGUACCGCGCGGUACCCGGCCGGACUGACAGGACGAAGAGGAGCUCGGCCACCCACUCUGCACAGGGAAGGGGAGGUGAGAAGAAUGUAGGGAGGAUUGGGGAGUAAAAAGAAUGGGGAGUAAAAAAAGAAUGGAGGGGGGGAGUAAAAAGAAUAUAUCGCAAUUAGCCUCCUGUGUGCUAGACCAGCAGGCAUGGAUUGUAUGCCCAAACAGCCUGGCACAUACCUGGGCUUUAAAUGCUAUUUCAGAUUAUCAUUAUUUAAUGUCUUGCUGUGUAGCUCUGUCUGCUCACUGUACAUCAUGGCUAAUUUUUAUUUGGUGUGCAUUGGAAGAGGGGUAGUCUUAUACGGCGAGUAUAUUCCAAACUCUAUAUUUUAAAUGGAAAAGUUGGGGUCGUCUUAUACGCCCAGUCGUCUUAUACGCCAGAAAAUACGGUAUAUAGUAUAAUUGCAUGAGUAUGUUUUGGAUCAAAGAAAACUUUGAUUAUUUGUCUAUCUACUCCUUCCAAAUUGAUUAAUUAAUGCGUGCACGCUUUCCCUAGAAGUAAUUCACACCGGAGACAAAGUUUCUGAUCAGUGAAAAACCAAGGAAUGCUUUAUUCCCCGGAGUGGGGGCUCCUUCUUAAAGCAAAAAUAUGUCACAGUUUAAACAUACAGUAUACAUUCACCAAUUGGUUAACAGUCUAAGGGUUCUUGUCUAAACCCCCCCUACAGGAUGUAGUGUCAUCAUUACAGACUUCUGGAUACACGAUGGGAGGGGGAGUGAGUAGUUUCUUUCAGUUACUUUAACAGUGAUUCUCCAUUUUGUUACACGUGGCAUAUAGCUGUUAACUGGCACAAAGGCAGUGGGGGAGGAGUUAGUAAAGGGAGCUGUUAACACAGGAAUUUUGGUUACACAAGGUUUGCUUGAUGGGAAGGGGGAUGCUUAGCACGAUGAAGAAUUUACAUAGGAAACAGCAACUGAACACAUUGUAAGGGGGGAAGGGAAUAUUUACUCUAGCAGCCAGUUUUAACAUAGUUAACACAGAAUAAAUAGACAUUAGUAAAUAGCCAUUUUAUUUUAAUUCAUCUGUCCAUAACAGUCCCCCCUUAAAAUGGCAAUUUUUACUAAAACUACUAUCUCACAUUCUAAUACUGUCCCUAUAGAAAAAUAACAAAAGGCUAUCUUGCACAUCUGUCUGAACAGGCCUCGAACACUUCACUGCGCGGGUAACCCGUAGCAGCUUGUCCACUACUUCUUCCCGCGACAGACUUCUGCCCGUAGAGACAGACGCUAUCCCUGAAUGUCCUUAAGAGGAAGUAGCUGUUGAUUUAGUGCGGUGGGACUGUAAGGGUGUAUGUGGUGUAUCACGGUCUAUGUCGUCAAUCUCUUGGUGAAGGAAGGUCGGGGUGGUCUGGUUGAUUGUCUGAUCAACUGUCUUUUGUAGGCAUUUCUUAAGACAGGGUAACACACAACAAACAAGAAGAGCGAGGAUGAUUAUCGUUAUUAAAAUGGCAACACCUAUUUGGGCCAGAGCACCUUGCCAUCCAGUCAUCCAUCCAAACCAUCUUUCCCAUGGAUCUGCGGCCCCAGAAUUUCGUUUCAGCUCAUUGGACAAACUCUUUAACUUUUCUAUUGCCAACGUUACCUUACCAUUAGGGCCUGCAUUAUCUGGAAUAUAGGUACAGCAUGUUAUGGUGUCUGGGAGUAUUUUACAUACUCUCCCUUUUUCUGCCAAAAUCAUUUCAAAGCUUAUUCUAUUCUGGAAGGUCAUCUGAGAGGUAGCUUGUAACCGCCCUAUCCCACCAUAUAUCCCAUAACAAGUAUAGUUCCUGGGAUAUAUAGUAAUGCCUUCGUCUGGGCAUAAUAUUUUUAGUAAUGAUUGGGUAUUAAGUUUCCAUGACUCGCAUGCUGACCGCUUAGGUUUAAAUACAGUGUAGAGACUUAAAACGCAUACUUCAUAUCCGGAGGAAGGUUCAGGGAUACUGUACCUGGGUGAGGCCUCGCUCCUCCGCAGACAUAGCAGUUAGACUUGUUAUGUUUAGUAGCAUUGUAUUUCAUCCAUUCAAGUCACAAGUUAGUGUCAGAGAAACCUGUCUCUACAGCCCUAGUAUCCUCAAAUAUGGGAUGACUACCAUGUCUUUUAGAGUCCUAAUGUGUGGUUUGAGGGGAUUAACAGUCAUGUGUGUGGCACCUACCCAUUCAGCUGAGUCAUACAUGUCCUGUAAGAAAAAGGUCUCCUGUUUAUUGUAUAAACCUCUUCCCUUCCAAUUCAGAUUUUAUUAGCCGUAAUGCUUGGGAAAAUAGAUUCAAACUUAGUUUCUUACCUUAAAAUCAUUUGGUACCCCCCUUGACACCCCUAUGGCAUUAAUAUACAUAUAUAUAUAUAUAUAUAUAUAUAUAUGUGUGGGUAAAACCACCCUUUAUAGGGGUACUCCUUUUUGUCCUGAAGCAUGAAUGAGGUGUGUCAAGAGUACCUUGGGGAUUGUCAUGUGUUAUGUGUAUGGACAUAAUAACCUAGGCUAGGGCACAUUUACUUAUUCUUAGAACUCUUGUCUCAUGCUACCCUAGUACUGGCAGAUUCAGAUCAUUUAAACAUUCAAUAUUAAUAUCACCACAAACUCAAGAUAAGCAGAUGAUCCUGAAGAAGCUUUGACUGUGCGUAUGGCACCUCAGACGUGAGGGCUGCAGGGUAAGGAGUAUGUUUGUUUCUCUUUAGUUUCACGAGGUCCCCUUUUGGGGUAUUCGGCUUUCCAUCGAUGGCAGAUGGACAGGCAUUAUUAUGGCCAUCAAAACACCCACUUGUUGAUAUUUAUUUAUUUAUUUUCAACAAGUAUCUUUGGUCUCUAAGAAUGGAGCUUCAAAAAGGGUUGUCAAGAUCAACAAAUGUUACUUCACAUGAUGCAGAGGCAGGCUUGAUUCUGAAUGAUGAAGCCACAGUGUGAUCUCUGUAACUUUCACGGUGCACUACUCAGCAUGUGGUCUUGGUUAUCACUUUGGUGGCUGGAUAGGCCUCUGGCCAUCCUGAAAACAUGUCUGCUAUAAUUAGUGCAUAUUUGAAUCAGCCAUUCUUUGGCAUUCUGGAUAUAGUCGACUUGACUCCUCUGGAAGAGAUAAUGAGGUUUGGCUAGAUGCUUGGGGCUUUCCUCCAUUCUUCCUGAGUUGCCCUUGGCACAAAUGGCACAAGAUUUACAGUAACUGUUGGUCAGAGAGGCAAUUCCUGGUACUUCAGAGUAUUUAUCGAUCAAAAGAGUUCAUGAGGGUUCUGGACAGAUGCUCCGUAGGCCCACUGGACUACUGCUGAGUAUAUGUUCUUGGGCAAGUAGAACUUGAGAUCGUUGAAGUACAGCCUGUCUUUAAGAGUUGCCCCUUUCUGUUUCCAGCUUGUGGUUUGUUUGUUUUUUCUUUCUUUCCAGGGUCAGUAGCUUGCUUGUUAUUCCUUCGGGAACUUGAUGUCUGUGGGUAGGAUCUUACAUGGUGAAUAUGGGAGUUUCUUCAGCAGACACUUUUCUGUCCACUUCCCUUAGUGCACUUACAACUUCUUGAACAACUUAGUCAGCCAGAGAGCUGCCACAUGCUUCCUCUGAGUUCAGUCUUCCUUCAGAGAUCUUGCAUGCUGUGAUGGGAGCCUAUAGCUCAGCUUCUUGUGCAGACAUUGUUGAGGUGAGAUACUUGGUCCACUGUAGUGACAGCAAAUCCGGAACAGAUCAUAAGAAAAAGGCUAAAAAAAAAAUAAUAGUCAGUGUCUUAUCAUUUCCCCCACUGGGAAGUGGCAGAAGAGUGGCCAGGUAAAUAGAGUAUCAUCCCUGCAGGGUGACAUUAUCCUGCACAGAAUUCGUCCAUCACAAGGAGAGGUGGGAUAUUGCAUGGAAAGUCUCAGGUAACCAGGGCACCAUUCGACACCAGAGCCUUAUCCUGUUAGGGAAUAGUAAGAGCUUGGACAGGCUUUGGGGCCUGUAUAAUUCAGGUAAAGGUAUUGGGGGAACUAGCUAGGACCCUUGCCUCUUGGUCAGGUUUCACUGUGUGGAACAAAAGAAAUAAUAAGGUGAUAGGGGCCUGCAAGUGGGGGAAGGACAUCUGCACCUAGCAGAUUAAUUGGACAGGUGAAGGUAACCACAAAGCAAGGCUUAGUUAACAGGCUACUCCAAGGAGAGCCAUCUACACUUAUGCAGGAGACAACAAUGUUAGACAGGAAUGAGGAGUCAGGCAGGCCUUGCUUGGUACAAAUAGAUGUCAUGUGGCCUGCUAUACAAGGCUGCAUAUAGUUGUUGGGCAUGGGCCUUACUAUGUACUAAAACUUAAGUUAAAAGAAAAUUUGGGACAACCUGAAGUGAUACUUCUCCACAGAUGCUAACUCAUCGUUGAUGACAUUGGUAAUACAGGUAGCCUGAUCAGCCAAUUUAUCUUAGGCUUAAACAAGUCACACCAUGUAGUGGAAUGGGUCAUUAGGAUUCGGGAAAUUCUACAGUAAAAGGGCGUAGUAAGGAUGUACGCGAUGUUACUUUAGGAGUAGACGUGGCUGUGGAUAGGGGGAAAUCAGCCUUAUCCAUUCCCAUAUAUUAUUCCUUUUGUCUUCAGUAUAUCCAAACCAUGGUUAUGUCCAGGCGUUAUAUACAGUAAUCCAUUAUCAGUCAUAAUAUUAAAAUCUCAUUCUCAUGAAUUAAAUCAAAGAUUUUAAAUCAACCUCAGAAGCAACAAAUAAUAAAUCUAUUGUUUUUUCUUCUGUAAAAUGAUUGGAGGUACUGUAUAAUUGCAUACACCCAAUAUAUCAUAGAUUGCAUGUCUCCUAACUUCUACAUUAGUGUAUUUCAUUCUGCCAUAUUUGCAAACUUGAUGUAAAUUUUUAUUUUAAUUAAUUAACCUAAUACUUUCUUAUAACACACAUAAAAACAAUGAAAGACAGUACAGACUAACAAUUCAUUUAAAACAAUAAACUAACAUAGAUCUCUAUUCUUGUGCUGUUCUUAAUUCUGGAAUCAGCCCGUGUACAUCUGUUGGCACACAUAUCCAUGCUCAUUCCCUAAACUGAUCAUAUCUCUUGAAGUUAUCUGAUUCUUAUAACUUUCUGUGUUACACUGCAUUGCUUGUCUGUCUCCUAAUUUUGAUUUAGCUAAAAUUGUUCUUAUUUGUCUGAUUAUCAGUUUACAAGGAAAGGCUUUAAUUGAUUUAUCUCCACAUGUAUUUUCUCUGUCCUAGAAGAAGGAGGAGGAGGGGGAUGAGGGCUGUAAAAUCUGCACUUCUUUCUCUGCCUAAAUCCACAAGUCGUUUUAACCCCUUCAUUAUUGGUUUAUCUCCUUAAGUUAUCCAAGUACAAAGCUACUUCUGUCAAAGUGCUUUUUUUUCUCUUGCUAACACAAUUGCAGUUGGAUCUAGAUCUUGAAAUUUUUUCACAAAUUCAUUAAUUAACUGAUCUUCAGAAAAAUCAGCAACAAGUCUAUAUGCACUUUCAAAUUUUACAAGAAAACGAAAUAUAUCCUCCCCCUUGUGUGGUUUUAGUUUUUCCAACAUUUCAGUGUCUGCAUUUUUCUUGUAUUAACACACACGUGCUUAACUUCAUUUGUAAGCUGGCAAAAAAAAUAAUUUCUUAAUUCAACUCUAUCCUCUAAUUCACAGACUUUUUCUGACAAUCUCUCACAAUUACAGUGUGUGCUCUCUGUUACUUUGUUACACUGGUCAUUUAAAUCUGAUUUGUCUUCUGUUAACAUAUUCAAAUUUAUUUCUUUAUCUGCUGAUUCUAAAUUUUAUUGACCUGCAUCUCGUUUAAAAAAUCAAUGCAUUGUAAGUACAGACUAGUUUCAUAACAUUUCUAAAUUUUUUUAUUUAUUUUUUAUUUUUUUUAUUAACAAACAAUUUUUGGCAAUUUCACUAUUGGCAAUUUCACAUUGUGUGUAUAAAGAUUGCCACAAUACAGCAUCUGAAUAGCUGCAAUUACAUGCAAACUGCAAUGUACUUUUCUCUGCAUUAUCAUUUAUGAAUUCCACAAUUCAUUUGUUCCAACAAAAUCUAACUUUCCUUAUUCCAACAUGCCAAUAACCUCUUACUUAACAACAUAUACAAGAUUACACAAAGUUCCUAACUAGGAUAUUCGUCCAGCAAAUAUACCUUUUUUUCCCUCACAUUCUUCACUGAGUUUACAAGCAUUUCACCCAUUCACCCCCCCCUGUAGCCAAUACUCAUAGCAGUCAUAGCAAGAGAAAGCAACAAAGAAGGAGGGGGGAGGAGGGAGGAAGACUUGCAAGCACAAAGUUUUUUAACCAUGUGAUUGCCUAAGCACAGCUCUCCUUAGGACAAAAGAUAGAAUAGGAGAGUAACGAUACAGAUUGUAUAGAUUACAAUUAACAUAUAUGGUACCCAACAAGACAUACACAGACAAAAGCACAAAAUACAAAGUCCUUAAAAUAAAUGCCGGCUUAUAAUAACUCAAAUCACACACACAGAAACACUCAAGCACAUAAACAUUAACUUUUCCUUUUCUUUUCUUUGUAACUCUACACCGAGCUUUACUAAAAGAAAAGGCACCAAUUCUUACUUUACCAAAUAAACUUAGCUAAAACAAAUAAAACCUUUAAACUCUAAACCGAGUUGUAUUAAACAAAUAAAACCAACAAAAGAACCGCCACGAUCUAAUUUUAAUAUAAAUCGAACAAAAAACAAACAAAAAUAAAACGCAUGGGGCUAUUAUGCACACCUGAACUCAAUAAUCGCCAGACUCUCAACCGAGUCUUAAUAAAACAAAGGAACCGCCAGGUUUUUUACCAAACGAGGCCAAAACAUCACUCACUAGCUUCUUUACCGAAGCUUAGCUAAAAAAACAAAAGAAAUCAUUAAACUCUCAACCGAGUCUUACUAAAACAAAGAAACAGCCAGGGUUUUUCCACCAAACCCGAACUUGGCUAAAUCUGUAAGCGCUUAACCACACUUGGCAGCAUUAUAUAACAGUAUUAAGCAAAUAGUAAAACAGAUUCUCAAGCAGACACUUUCACACAUAAAACUCACACACAGGACGUAGAUAGACAAAUUGACAGGUUCUAUUCAAAUAAAGGGGACAUGUGGGCAUACUAUAUACCUGUCGAAGACGUUAACAGGAAGCAGAAUGAAGGAACGGAGAGUAAACGAAGUCCAAAGAAAGGAAAAUAUAGGGUAAGUAACUCAUUUACCGCAGAGGUGAUCAGGCUCUUUUUUUUUUUUUUCAAUCUCUGGGGGUCUCCUCUCCGGUCCUGAGAUUUUACGGCUUCCUUAUUAACGUAACCCUCACAUCCCGGACGAGCCCCCAAAUUGUUUUGGAUCAAAGAAAACUUUGAUUAUUUGUCUAUCUACUCCUUCCAAAUUGAUUAAUUAAUGCGUGCACGCUUUCCCUAGAAGUAAUUCACACCGGAGACAAAGUUUCUGAUCAGUGAAAAACCAAGGAAUGCUUUAUUCCCCGGAGUGGGGGCUCCUUCUUAAAGCAAAAAUACGUCACAGUUUAAACAUACAGUAUACAUUCACCAAUUGGUUAACAGUCUAAGGGUUCUUGUCUAAACCCCCCUACAGGAUGUAGUGUCAUCAUUACAGACUUCUGGAUACACGAUGGGAGGGGGAGUGAGUAGUUUCUUUCAGUUACUUUAACAGUGAUUCUCCAUUUUGUUACACGUGGCAUAUAGCUGUUAACUGGCACAAAGGCAGUGGGGGAGGAGUUAGUAAAGGGAGCUGUUAACACAGGAAUUUUGGUUUUGCUUGAUGGGAAGGGGGAUGCUUAGCACGAUGAAGAAUUUACAUAGGAAACAGCAACUGAACACAUUGUAGGGGGGAAGGGAAUAUUUACUCUAGCAGACAGUUUUAACAUAGUGAACACAGAAUAAAUAGACAUUAGUAAAUAGCCAUUUUAUUUUAAUUCAUCUGUCCAUAACAAGUACAUGAAUGACGGUCUAAUACAUAGAAAGGAAUUAGACAAAAAUGAUAAAUGAUAUAUAAUGAAAAGCAGUCUUUUAGACAGAGUAAUUAGAGAGAAUGAUUAAAGGACCACUAUAGGUACCCAGACCACUUCAUGAAGUGGUCUGGGUGCCAGGUCCAUCUAGGAUUAACCCUUUCUGCUGUAAACUGCUAUGUUUACCAAUGGGUUAAUCCAGCAUCUAGCGGCUGUCUCAUUGAGGUACCAUCAGGGAGGUGAUGGUUAAUAGGUGUGUCAGACAUUUACAUAACGAUAGUAAUAAAAGAAAGUAUAAUAGUGACUGAAAAUGGGUUACAAACUAUAACCACUUCCUUUCAAAUGUGUGAUACACUAAAAGUAGUAAAAUAAGACAAAAAGCUCUUAGGAAGGUUGGAUGGCUCGAGUGUCAUCAUACAGGGAACGGUGUCACACGAACAUCUAAAGUUCCAUGCGGGAAAGUUGUUAUGAUAGGGGUGUCCUCAAUCACAAUGCCAUAAGAAAAACAACUGCGAUCGGGAUGUCCCAGAGAUGAUAACAAAUGGAUCCCAAGGAGAUAAUGAUUAGUAGAUCUUAUAUAACAAUAAUGAGAAUUAAAGAAGAUCCAAUGUUAGCCCGAUUAGGGGUCAUACUAUAAUAAUGAGUCGUACCAAUAAAAAUAUAUAAUAAGACAUAAAAAAGAUCAUAAAAAAUUAAAAAGGUCAAAGUCUACAUUAAGACCAUGGGGUGUUAGGGUUUGUAAAUUGAACACCCAUUGCAUCUUUGAUUUUCCAAGAAUAUUUUUUUUAUAUGUUCCCACCCCUCCAUGGAUGGUACACUUGAUGGUAAACAAGUGUGAUUGGCUAUAUAAUAGAUGCCGGCGGCUGUAAUAGGUGGAUGGCGAUGGUCGCCAACCAAUAGAUGGAGGGAGUGGCAGGGCAUUAGUAAUUGGCUGGGAGGUGGAGAGAGACAGUUCUACACGCCAUCUGGUGGUUGGUAGUGUAGUAGAGAAGGGAAAUAGGCUGUUAAGUAGGGAAAAGUAUAGGAGAAUAAAUACAUACAUACAUACAUACAUAUAUAUAGAUAGAUAUAGAUAGAUAAGUGAACAAUGUAAAAUGAGGAACCAGAUAUAUACAUAUAAAUAAGUCGGUAUUAGUAAGUGGGUACAUAAUACAUGAGGUAAAUAAUAAAUAUAAACAAAUGCAUAUAUUAAAUAAAAUUAAACAAGUCCGACUACAUUUAGACCAGAGGGGGUUAAUAUUUUUAAGUUAAAUACCCAUUCCAUUUCAGCUUUAUCUAGAAUGUUUUUUAUGUUCCCACCUCUCCAUGGAGUCACACUAUGCAUUUAAGUUGUUUUGCGUCAUCGUUAUGCAUACAAAAAUGUUUUGAGACUGAGUGAUUUCAAAUAUCCUUUUUUAAUAUUUCUGCAGUGUUCACUCAGUCUGAUUUUUUUGUUUUUUUUAGGGGGGGAGGGGUGGGGGCCUAACCGCCGACAUGAAUGGCCGCACGAUCCAUGUGCUCUGGGGAACAAUCUACUACUCAGCUUAAAAAAUACGCCUUAACACCGGAGAAAAACAACGAUCAGCUCAGAGCAGACCUAGGGUCACCCUGAGACAUUCCUAGGGAGACCUCCGACCGCAACCAGACGCUGAAAAUCGAACAAUCGAGGCAGGCGGUAGAGACACGGCCGAUCCUCCUGCUGGGCGCUCCACUGGAAACUGCUGAAGCGGUUGAGACCCCUUUCCCCCCGCCCCCCUGCCGGUGAGGGAUAUCCCGGUUCAAGCAAGCAGGCUCUCACACAGAAGCUAACGAGCAACUAGCAUACAACACGGGCAUUGAACGAUACUAUCUGACCAAAAAUGGCGGCGGCUCAGCAAGCUGGGGAGACACUGGGCCAACAAAUGACACUGGAGCAGCGAUUGAAAGACCUGUUCAAUAGCUUCUGGCAAAAACUGCAGAACAGAAAGGUCCAAACUUUAUUGGAGCUCAAGAAGCAAGCUGAACGGAGAUACCCACCUUCAGACAAACCGCACCCUGCGAACGGCGGGAGCUGGAGACAGCCCACGACACACAAGAUGAGGAGACCAACAAAGAAUGGCAAGCGGGUCCGGCACAGAGGACCACAGAGGGGAAGCAAAACCUGAAACGCUCACUUACUUCACACGGCGGCACCCGGGACCGGGAGCUUACAGCAGCACGCCCCAUCUCGGAUCCCCUUCAAGGACGACCGGAAUGUCGGCAUCAGGGAGGCAAGGGCGUUCUCACACCGGGACGGCGGUCAGCAAUGGCCCAUCCAUGGUUCACACGCUGUGCUCCUGAACCAAGCCUCCAAAGUUGGCGUGGGCUGACUCACAUGGACUGCCAUAAGGACUAAUCAUGCUAUGUUCACAAUUGAUCUCACAUAAGUUACUCAGAGUUAGCUACUCCUGUAUGAGUCCCAAUACCAUUUAGAUUUAAGCCCCCAGCCUAUGCCCACAACCUUCACUGGGCCUCUAAACCUCGACUCACCCCCGAAAUCGAGUGCUGCAGUAUUAGGAUUGUUUCGUUAAGCCUGCAUACAAGCCUCAAUUAGCCGGGUACCCUCUACAGCCCUAGUUUACAGUAGCUAUACUCUUGCACUCUCCCUAUUGCUGCCUUUGUGAAAGCAUUUUAAUAAUAUGGUCAUAUAAUGAAGCAUGCAUACUUUUUGUUUUACCUUAUUUUCAUGCCCCACCAGAUACCUAGCCUGACCAAAAUCUUAAGAUUAAUACUCUCAAAUCGACUAUAAUGUUUUCUGGGUAUCUACUAGCUUUCCUUCACUCGUGUUUCUAAGCAUGUACUAUAUACAAGUUUUCACCUAACCUUCAUAUAUGAGCGACCCAGAGUUACCAGGUUGAAUCAUACACCCACACACUUGGAACAUGCAUAUAAUUCUUGUGCUCUAGCCAUCUCACUAAAUAUGUGUGCAGUUAUCUCUUGUACUUUCACUUUACCAUAACGUGCUGAUACAGCGAAAUGAAACAAAGCAACACCUCUCUUAAUUCAAUACCUUACAUACCUGUUUCAUUGUGAAAUUAACAUGUUUCUUGCAUUUGUUGUUGUGACAUUGCAGGAUGAUUUGUUCACUUAUGCACGAUAAAAAUAAAGAAUUUAUAAAUAACUACAUAUUGGAGGCCACAUGGGCACUCCAGUAGGUAGAUAACAUUUUUUGUAGCAAAAAAUAGAUUUCCAGGCACUCAAAGUGUGAAAGCCGCAGGCAGCUUUAUUGUAACAAAACAGACCGCAACGGUUCGACCUACCAAGAGGUCUUUGUCAAGCUAACACCACAAGCAAACAAUGCUAGGAGUUAAAUCAAAUAAUAAUUCACUUAAGUUAUUACCAAGAGUCAACAAUUAGUCCAAAAUACACAGAUCAUAUAGAAUAUACAUACAUAAAUACAAUUUAAUAUAUAUAAUCUAUAAUCCCAUUAAUAAUUUACCCCUGUGUGCCAGAUAAGGGAGAGACAGAGCAGAAAAAAAUAAAAGAAAAAAUUUAAUAUACACAAAACACAAAAGGCAGGUAAAAACGCCUUUCCGGGCGCAAAAAAAAAUUAAUUUCCGGGUAAGUGGAACGCAUAAACGGCUGUUGGAACGCAAAAUAUAAACACCCUCUGAUGGGGCGGCAUCAGUGUCAAAGUAAUAAACGUUUGCGUAAUUAAACACACGAACGGCAUUUCAGAGUGUGCGCAUGAGAAUAUGUAUGUAUAUUCUAUAUGAUCUGUGUAUUUUGGACUAAUUGUUGACUCUUGGUAAUGACUUAAGUGAAUUAUUGUUUGAUUUAUCUCCUAGCAUUGUUUGCUAUAUGCACUUUUGUUUGUGGUGUUAGCUUGACAAAGACCUCUUGAUAGGUCGAAACGUUGCUGUCUAUUUUGUUACAAUAAAUCUGCCUGCGGCUUUCACACUUUGAGUGCCUGGAAAUCUUUUUUUGCUGCCUUAACGUGUUGGGAUUGCUGGUCCUGUUCCGGAGCACCUGUGGCCGCUGGGGGUGAGUGCGGUUCCUGUGACCAAUUUUACAAGAUAAAAUUUUUUUGUGUCACAGCUGAUAAAAUCCUUAAUUUUAUAGGUUUUAUUAGUUAUAUUCGAUUUGAAAGAAGUGGUUUUAGAGGGGACCGAGGGGUCAGUGUUUUACAAACAAUACAUCGUUUACACUUAUAAAAUCCACUGGCAUUGGAAAUAACAGUAGUAGUAUUAGGUUUGAUCUCUUUAGUAAAAUUGGUGGUUAAAAUAGACUUAAAAUUAGGAGCGCCUCUAAAAACGAUAUUUGGUUUAUCUGGUAUAAUGUUUUUAAGUAUUUCAUCUUCUUUCAAUAAAUGCCAGUGUUUUUUAAUUACUUUCUUUAUGUGAUCACUUGUAUUAUUAAAAUUGAAGAUGACUGGAAGGGGCAUGGCAUUAGUGGUUGGUUGGUUUUUAUACGUUAGGAGGUCUGCUCUUUCUUUUUUCUUAAUAGUAUCUAUAGUGGUGUUAAGAUGGGUGGGAUAGUAGUUUUUUUCGAUAAAUGUAUCUCUUAAAAAGUUAGCUUGUGUGUUAGUCGUCUAAUUGGGAGCAGUUCCUACAGAGACGUAGGAAUUGGCUCUUUGGGGCACUUUCUAACCAGGGCUUGUAAUGACAGCUAGAGCGCUCAAUGGCUGUAUUAACACAUACUUUAAAAAAAAAUAAAAAAAUUCUAUUCUCUUUAAUAAAAAUAUUGAGGUUUAAAAAGUUAAUAGAUUCUUUACUUGUUUCACAAGAUAAAAUUAUACCGCAAUUGUUUCGAUUAAGAUGGUGAAUAAAAGAGCUAAAAAGGUCUUCUGUGCCUUCCCAAAUAAAAAAUAAGUUGUCAAUGUACCUAAAAUAUGUAACCAGGUUUGUACGCCAGGUAUGCCCACCCCAUAAGGCCAUGGGCAUGCAUGGCGCACAUGACCAUUUAUGUGAUUUUAAGAAAUUAUGGUGCCCGAAGUCAGUAUGUGCAGCAUUUCACUGUGAAAUGGUGCACAUACUGAGUUUAGCCCCUUUGCUGCUGGAGGUGUAACUUCACCUCCAACAACGUCAUGGGGUGUCAUCAGCCAGCUCAGAACAAAAGUUUCAAGCUGGUAAAAGUCAGUUAUUGGCAAGUGACACUCAUUCAUUGGCUGAGAAUGGUCAGCUGAUGCUGCCAGCCAAUGAAUUAGAGUCAGGUUCGACAUCCUAUUCAUGCCUACAUAGGAGACUUGUCACACGGCAGAAGCAGGUAAGAGGACAAACCAUUGUAAAGCCAGGGGAAUUCAUCCUGUCAUUAACACCUCAGUGGGCUGUAGUGCUUAUGAUGGUUGGAUUAACCAUUUAAUCAAAUGGAGGGUCCUUUUAAACAAAUGUAAGGAAUCCUUACUUCUAAUUAAAUUGUGUAAGGUAUGUUUCAUUGCAAGUCUAAGUGAUUUCAACCUAAAUUUUACAAACAUAUGUAAAUUGUGUUGUGAGCGUCAGAGCGUUGCCAUGGUAACCCGCGGCAACUCUCUGAUUGGCUGGUAUCGCGAGACACUUACUACACAGUCUGCAACUCUACACCCAGUGGACCUGAAGACUGGAGGCGCUUGGCUCUCUUCCCCGGGCAGACUGAGCGGUGGGGUCCCAGUGUAAGCCCUUCCAGUGUUGGUCACAGACUGAGGACCCAACAGAUCAGUAACAGUCUGCCCUAAGACAAGUUAGGCCGUCGCAAGGCCUUAGGUAGCCGCAUAACUCACCUAAUUUUCAAAAUGGCACUAAGACAAGUUAGGCCGUCGUGAGGCCUUAGGUAGCCGCAUAACUCACCUAAUUAGCAAAAUGGCACUUCUCUGUCUCCUGCAAUGUCACAGAGGCAUGACCUCCUCCAGUGUGGUGAAUUCCAGUUCUCCUUAUAGAGGGGCAACUGGGACCUAAUUCACAUGUACGGCGAGUGCUAUGCACACAUUAAAACGUCCCAAGAAGCAAGCAGUGAAUCAUUGAUUUCCUAUGGUGUUUCUGCCUCACGUGAUGGAGUUUUACUCGGUCAGUGCAGUAGAAGCACCUCUAUUGGCUAUCAUACUUGCAACCGAUGGAUGUGUACUUAAACCUUCAAUGUUUUACAUUGAGUACAGGAACACGGUACCCAUACCAUUUCAUUGUGAUUAAGUAUUCUGGAUGACUAUAGUGUUCCUUUAUGCAUGAUAGGUACACUUUAAGGGGGCACAACUGAGCAGCUGAUGGUGUAAAGAGGACAAUACCAAUACUGCUGUUAUUAAAAGAUUUUGAAACUCACGAGAUAAGUUUGUAUCAUUUUUAAUUCAAAUAAUGAACUGUCAGUUGAUUUUUGAGGUUUUCAUGCUGUAUCAUCUUUUUGCCUAAUUUAUUUUUCCAGAAUCCUGGCUUUGAUUUCAGCAGAGCAGAACUUUCAGGAAAUUACAGCAAAGGAGGACCAGACUUUUCAUUUAUGGAAAAAUAAACACUAUAUCCUGUGAAUAAGAAAAAUAAACGCCUUCAUUAUUUGUUGUUAACAUUAAAAAAGUAAUAACUGAAAAAGCAUGGCCAAAUAUCUUUUUAUCAUGAAAAAUGUGUUAUGUAAUGAUUAGUUUUAUAUAUUACAUAUACUAAUCAACCACAACCUUAAAACCGCUAACAAUUGAAGUGAAUUGGUUAUAUUGUUAUAGUGGUAACUGUCAAUGAUUGGGAUAUAUUAGAGAGCAAGUGAUCAGGGAGUUCUUAGUGACUUUGACAAUGGCCAAUGUGAUAGCUAGUUGACUAGAUCAGGCCAUUUCCUUAAGGCAAGCCUUGUGGGGUGUUCCCAGUAUGCAGUGGUUAGUACCUACCAAAAGUGGUGCAAGGAAGGACAAUCCGUGAACCAGGGUCAUGGGCAUCCAUGGCUCAUUGAUACACAAGGGGAGGAAAGGCUAGCCUGUCUGGUGUGAUCCCACAGAAGAUUUACUGUUGCUCAAAUUACAAAGAAUGGCUUUAUGCUGGCCAUGACAGAAAGGUGGAAAAACACACUGUGCAUCGAAGUUUGCUGUGCCUGGGGUUGCCUAGCCGCAUACCAGACAGAGUUACCCUUGUCCACCACCGAAAGAGCUUUCAGAAGGGAAGUGAGUAUUGGAACUGGGCCAUGGAGCAAUGAAAGAAAGUUGUCUGGUCUGGAUCACAAUGGUUUUUUGGGCGGUUCAGGUGGAUGGCCGUGUGCAUCGUUUUAACAUGGUAGCCCGGGAAUGAGAAUUACCCACAUGAUGGCGUACCAUUUGCAAAAGAAGACAACCUAAGGUAUUGCAAAUGGGGUAUCUUCAGCCUUUUUUAGUAACCACUUAGUCACAAACACUGGCCAAAGUUAGCGUUUUUUGCAUUUUUAACACACAAACAAAUAUAAAGGCUACCUUUGGCCAGUGGCCAGGUGGCUGCUAAAAAAGACUGGACAUACCCCAUAUUGAAUACCCUGGGUUGUCUACUUUAAAAAAAUAUGUACAUAUGAGGUGUGAUUCGGGGAUUUAUAACAGAUAACGGUGUUACAAUGUCACUAUUGAUAAAUUUAAAAUAUAUAUAUAUUGAAACAGCAAUUUCCUACUUGUAUUUCUAGGUCUAUAACUUGCAAAAAAAAAAAAGCAAUAAAGCACGUAAACGUGUUUUUGAACUCGGGACAAAAAUUUUAAUCUAUUUAGCAG